GAAUGGUUGUGAAAACACUCGUGUUAAUGUCUGGUUGUGGUCUGUGGAGCAUCAGCAUUAAUGACUAAGCUAAACACCUGUUUGUAAUGUUUUGUACACAGGCUCGUGGACUGUGGCAGCAGACAACGGAGAGUUAAUGCAGCUGGUUGGAUCCGAACAUUCUCGCGCCUCUUUCACCAGGACUGCUCGUUAGCUUCCAGAUUCAGCAGGAAGAUCAGUAAAACUUUGCAGGUUUUAUGCAGCUGGUUGGAUCCGAACAUCCUCGCACCUCUUUCACCAGGACUGCUCGUUAGCUUCCAGAUUCAGCAGGAAGAUCAGCAAGCAGGAGUCUACAAGGGUCCAAGUCUCCACAACAUCAUGAUCAAUGAAAGUGCUGAAUCUGGCUUCACAUGGGAGGUGAGAGCAAACAGCCGCCACUACCACAAACCAAAACAGAAGAAAUCCUUUCUGUGCUUCCGCUGGGGGAGAUCCGCUGACAAUGUGGUGCGCAGCUACAAAUACACCCCCCUGACGUUCCUGCCCCUGACGCUAUUUGAACAGUUCCAGCGAGCAGCCAAUGUCUAUUAUCUCCUCAUCAUGGUGUUGCAGUGUGUCCCUGCCAUCUCAUCAUUACCAUGGUACAUCACCAUCAUCCCGCUGAUCUCCAUCCUCUCACUGAGAGGGCUGAAAGACCUCAGCAACGACAUGGCAAGAAGACGCAGUGACUCUGAGAUUAACUCCAGACCCUGUGACAUUCUCAUUUCCCAAAGUUUUCAAUUGAAGAAGUGGAAAGACGUGUGUGUGGGGGAUGUGCUGCGGAUCCACAAAGAUCAAGUCUUCCCAGCCGAUCUUCUUCUUUUGUGUAGCUCAGAGCCUCACAGUCUGUGUUACGUGGAGACAGCUGAUAUAGAUGGAGAAACCAACCUCAAGUACCGACAGGCGCUCAGCGCUACACACGAUGAGCUGACCUCUAAUCCCUCAGAGGAGGCCCUUAGUGCCUUUGAUGGUGUUGUGCGCUGUGAGGAACCCAACAACCGCUUGUACAGCUUCAGAGGUCAGCUGCAGUGGCUGGGAGAGGGUCUCCUCCUGGACAGUGAGCACAUCCUGCUGAGGGGAACGGUCCUACGCAACACCGCCUUUGCGUACGGCUUGGCCAUCUACACCGGCGCAGACACGAAGAUCCUGAGGAACAGCGGGAAAGUGAAACUGAAGAGGACUCAGAUGGAAAAAGUUUUUAACAAAGUGGUGAUGGGGAUAGUCCUGUGUGUGCUGCUGGCAGCUCUGUUCCUUGCCAUUGGAGGCGGCGUGUUUUCUGCUCAGCUCAUGAGACAGAAUAGCGUUCUGUCUGCUCUGGUGUUUAACGACAAUGCUGUCUACACCGGAUUCCUCGUCUACUGGAGCUACAUCAUCCUUCUCAGCCCAGCCAUGCCUAUAGCCCUUUACAUCUCGUUUGAGCUGGUCCACACGGUCCACAGCCUGUUUAUUGGCUGGGAUUUGGAGAUGUAUUGGCAGCAGGCAGACAAACCGGCUCAGGCCAGGAAUACCUCACUGAACGAGGAGCUCGGCCAAGUGGGAUACCUGCUGAGUGACAAAACUGGAACACUAACCCAGAAUCGCCUGCUCGUCAGACAAUGCUGCAUAGCUGGGGAGAUCUAUGGUGAUGCCUCAGUCAGGGCAGAGGAUGUAGAGCCCAUGGAUUUAAGCUGGAAUCCUUUCUCCCGCGGUGGCCUGUUUAUGUCAGCCCCAGCCCUCGUGGACAGACUUAGAGGGAACCAGUGUCCGCUCAGCAGACAGUUCCUUACAGCGCUGGCUUUAUGCCAUACUGUCAUGGCAGAGUGGAAGGAAAAGACUCCAGUUUACCAGGCUGCGUCCCCAGAUGAGGAAGCACUUGUUGAUGCUGCCAGAGAGCUGGGCUGGGUCUUUCUUUCUAGGGCGAGAGAUUUUAUUGUUGUCUCAGAGCUGGGCGUCACUCGCAGGUAUCAGCUCCUGGCACUGCUGGACUUCACCAGUCAGAGGAGACGCAUGUCUGUAUUGGUGCGGGAGCCAGAAGGUGGAAUAAAGUUGUACUGUAAAGGGGCAGAUAUAGUGAUCCUGGAGAGACUGCAGAAGGACUCUCCACAUCAGGAAAGGACUGAAAGAGCUUUAGAGCUGUUUGCCGAGGCCAGUCUCCGGACACUGUGCGUUGCGGUUCGAUCUGUUCCUGAAGCAUCAUGGGAGCGGUGGAACAAAACUCUGGCUCAGUCUGCCAGCAUGGUCACCUGCGACCGUGACGCGCUGCUGGAAAAAUUAUAUGACGAGAUGGAAAUGGACCUUCAGCUGCUGGGAGUGACAGCAAUUGAGGACCGACUUCAGGAUGGAGUGCCUGAAACCAUUGCUCUACUUCAAGAGGCCGGGAUUAAAGUAUGGGUACUGACUGGAGACAAAAAAGAGACUGCAGUGAAUAUCGGAUAUUCUUGCAAACUACUGGAUCCUGAUAGCAGAAUAGUAGAAUGGGACGAGCUGAGACAGAUACUCCAGUCCCCAGAUCCACGGGUCAGUUUCUUUAAGCCCAGACAGACAGAGCUGUGGGCUGUAGACAAGGAGAUGGCUGUAGCAAAGACUUCCGUGGUCCUCACUGGACCUGAGCUGACAGAGUUUGACCAGAGGCCAGAAUGGGGGGCCGCAUUCAUGAGCCUGGCAGAACAUUGUCAGUCUGUGCUGUGCUGCCGUGUAACACCUGCACAGAAGGCCGAAAUCGUCACGUUGGUGAGGAAACAUACCAGCUCAGUGACCAUGAGCAUUGGUGAUGGUGCCAAUGACGUCAAUAUGAUCAAGACGGCUCAUGUUGGUGUGGGUCUGGCAGGAGUGGAGGGAGGUCAGGCGGUGCAGAACGCAGACUUUGCAUUGGCCCAGUUCAGGUUUCUGCAGCGGUUGCUUCUCGUCCAUGGUCGCUGGUCCUAUCGCCGCAUUUCCCUCUUCUUGCGCUAUUUCAUGUUUAAGACCUGCAGUUUUGCCCUUGUGCAUCUAUGGUUUGGUUUCUUCAAUGGCUUUAGUGCUCAGUCUCUGUAUGAAACAUGGUUCAUCGCUUUAUACACGGUUUUCUACAGUGCAUACCCAAUUCUUUGCCUGGCCUUUUUUGAACAGGAUGUCAGCGCAGAAAAAAGCUUAAAAUUUCCCGAAUUGUACAAGUGUGGACAGACACAUGAGCUCCUGAGCCCUCUCAAGGUGUCCUUGUCACUACUGCAUGCUGUGUAUGCAUCGCUCAUUUUCGUCUUCAUCCCGCUCGGCGUUUUCUACAACACGGCCUUUGACUACCAGACGAUGGCGAUCACGGUUUCCAUGGCAGUUACGUUCACUGCCACAAUUGAGAUUAUUCUGCUGACCAGACACUGGACCAAGUUCAACAUAGCAGCUGUGAUUGUCUCCGUGGCGCUGUUCUUCAUCUGUACCAGGAUCACCCACAACCGCUUCCUUUUUGAGAAAUCACCCAAGGACUAUAUAUUUCUUGGUGCAUCUGAUUACGCCUUCACUGAUCCAGUUGUGUGGCUCACAGCUCUGCUUGUUGCCUGGACAGCUGUUUUGCCCUCAGUGACUGCUCACGCCCUCAGUGUCAUCCUCAACGUUCACGACAAACACAAGGUCCACAGUGUAUCCCAUCAGUCAGUGGAACUGAGGUCUCGUUUCAGAAGAGGGACGCGUCUCCGCCGUUCCUCUUAUGCUGUCUCUCAGGGCGCUGGGUCCGGACGCCACAUCACCUCAGCGACACACAUGAGAAAGUGACUGCAAGUGAUAACCCCGCUGUCUCGAAGGCGAAGAACGACUGACUGUGUGAAACAUACGUAAUGAGUGCUGCAUUAAAAGAUUUUGUAACAGAUAACACGUAUCGUCUGCUCCUGCAGCAAACUUUUCUGUGUCUUUCAGUGUUUUGCGUAUGGUUCUGUGGGCAGUUCUGUUGCACUAUUGUACAGAUACUAUUUUGAAAUAAAGUUAAUGAUAUAAUGUACAAAAUAUA